AUGCAUACCUCAACUAUUUUCGACCAAACCGAUCGCUCCGGCCCUCUCGUUUACUUCAACGGCGCCGGCCCCGGUGAAUACUUAAGUGACUCAGAUAGCUAUAAUGAUAAUGAUAAUGAUUCUGAUUGCGGAUCAGAUGAUUAUAAUAACUACGAGUCUAAUUAUGAGUCCGAUAAUGAAGAAGCUUUCUGCGCUUCAUCCAGCACUACCGAAGCUGUGAAAGAACGAAAGGUUAAUGUGACAUAUACUUUGAGGCAAGAAAACUUCAAUGAUAAAUUUUCCCCUAAGGAUUUGCUAAAUGCCAUUCGGGGAAUUCUCUCAUCACCACCUAGAGAUAUGUCGAAUGACAAAGGGUCAUUGGAUUGCCUCCCAAUCUAUUCAUUCUUAUUUCCGAAUGAAAAAGGCUCUAGCUUGUAUAAUGCCUAUGACCGAAGUGAGGUGGAAGAUAAAUUAGUUAUCAAAAUCGACCAAGAUGUUAUCAAAAUCGACCAAGAUGGUGAUCAUGCCCCCAAAUUUUCUGUUGCCGACAACAUUUCUGAAGUAUAUGGCUUACCUGGGAUUCAUGAAUGUAUUAAUGGUCAGAAACCUUUAAGAGCCGUGAUUGACAUAGAUGCUUCGCAAAAAGAUAUGGAAACAACUGGUGUAAAGGCGCAAGAAGUAUUCUUUCGAAUCUGCCUAUCUUUCAUAAGAGCCUUGUAUCGAAUUCUUGAUUGUGGCUGGGAGGACAUUCUCAAUGGAUUAGUAAUCGCUACAUCAUCGGAUCCUAGCAAGUGUAGCUAUCAUAUUUUAUAUGCUCCAGCUCUUCUUAUUGAUCAUUGCGAACUCAAGGCAUUUACCGAAUUAGUAUAUACCAUAACCGGUGAAAAAUUCGGCAAAUAUAUUGAUAGAAUAUUGCCUGGUCAAAAUUUUAACCUCCGCCUAAUUGGUUCGGCAAAAAAAGGUCUUGUAAAGCGUAUUCUUCAAUUCUCUCUAGAUAAUGGCUGGAAUGAACUUGAUCACGCUAGGGUUCAACCACCUACUAGUUUAGGACUUGAAGUAAGACCUCGUAUGCUUAGCACAGAAAAAAAUAAUAAUCCGCUAAGACUAUUCGUAAGUUUGGAUAUAUUGCAAAAAUAUGCAGAACUAGUUUUACAAAAACAUUCUAGCUAUCUUAGGGAUUGGAUUAUCAAAGAAAAGGACUCAGAAAACUUCAUAUAUUUUAACCGAAAAGCUCCACUAGGAUGUCCACUCUGCAAACGUAUACAUGACAAGGAUCAGCGGUGGUUCAGCCGUGUAUGCGCUAGUAGUGGAAGGUUCAUCGUAAAAUGCUUUCGGCAAAAUAGUGAUGAGCGAGGGGUAGUUUUUGAAUGUGACCCAUCUAUUGCAGAAAAAAUUCAGCAAGAAAAUAAAAAAUCUCUGCAACCCUCUCACAAAGUCAAGAUUCCGGGCUUUCCUAAAGCCUUCGUUAAUUUCCCAUCUUGGGCCAAGUAUAAUGAGUCCCUUUCAGCAACAGAAACAUAUGAGGAGAGAUAUGUAAGACCAUUACCCAAUGAAGGCGAUAUCUAUGUUGGAUCACCUUGGGAGACAGGAAAAACAUAUGUUCUAGAGCAUCUUACUAUAUCCGAUGACGUGAAUUUGCUAGUAUUAUCUACGCGCCACUCUUACUCGAAUGCUGUUACUACAAGACUCAAUCUCAAAUCAUAUUGUGAUAUUGAUGGUAAUAUAAAUCUACCUGAUCAUAAGAGGGUAGUAUGCCAGAUAGAAAGCUUACAUCGGAUUACUAAUAAUUGUAAAUGUAAUAAAAAAUGCAAAUGUCUUCCAAUCCAAUAUGACUUGUGGCUUGAUGAAAUAGUGUCUAUAAUCGCUCAAGCACAAAGUCAUCUGGCGGGUCAAUCGAUAGAAAAGUUAUAUAAAUUGAUCCAAGAGGCUAGGCGCAUUAUUGUAAUGGAUAAUGACCUAACUGACCUCAACAUUGAAUGGAUUAAGGCCCUUCGUAAGGGCAUACCUCUCUCUAUUAUCCACAAUACUUAUCAGCCUCAGAAAGGUAAGACAUUCCGUCUAGCCCCUAAUAAAGAAACAGUAUUAACUGAACUUUGGGACUGGGCCAAGAAUACGUCUUCAUUACCUUUUGAGAAUAGAACAAGUGCGUCACUUAUUUGCCAUCUUAGAAAAGACAUGCAAGGAAUUGUUCGCUCCCUUGAGACUGAUUUUCCAGAAUUACGGAUCAAGGAAUACCACGGCAAGUCUGAUCCAGUGGAAAAGGCUCAUGACUUCAGCAACGUAGAAGAAUCAUGGAAAGACGUAGACCUAGUUGCCUAUACUAGCACUUUAAAAAUAGGAGUAUCCUGCACUAAUCCUAAGUUUGAGCGAGCAUUCUGUCUUUUUAAUAGUUACAUAGAAACAAAUUCUGGAACGAAUCAGAUGUUAUUCCGCAUGCGGUGCAUUAAAGAUUAUAUAUGCCAUAUUGAGCAGAGAUCUUCUAAUGUUCCAGUCACAGAGAAAGGAUUAUUCCAAUGGUUGUUGAAUGCUAAACGCGAAUGUCUCCCCCGGGAACUUCAGAAUAGAGGAAUAUUUCCAGAUAUAGAUUCUAUCAUCCGGAAUAAGGAUGUACCGACUGUUCGAUUGUGGGUGGCCUAUAUGUUAGAAAAAUUCCGUUUCCGGCGUUUAUUUGGUUGGAGAAUGGUCGAUUUUCUCAGAGAGGCGGGUAUGAUAAUUUCCAUCAUAGAUCCCAUUCCUAAGUCUGAAGAAAAUGUUGUAUCAUUAUCUCAAGCCGUGAAGGCGAAUUCCUCUAUCGUUAAAGCAGAGGAGAUAUCAGAUGUAUCCAAUGCCACUAUUGUCGAUCGUGAGACUGCCGAAUUUCUAGAGAACAAGUCAAGAAAAACUUUAGAAGAAAUGCGAUCUCUAGAUCGGCAUCAUAUUGUGGAAUGUUAUGAGAUUUUGCCUGAAUCAUUGACCGAGAAUUUCAUCUCCAAGUAUGGGAAUUACAAUCACAUGAAAUGGUUUAGGGCUUAUAAGCAAUUACGAGAUGCUGGUACUAACAAUGAAACGGCCGUUGAGGCUAUAUCCUGUAAAGAUUACAGAGAUGAUAGGCUCACAACUGCAACCCGGGCUGAUAAGCAUCGAAUUUGUCUGGAGUUGCUAAGAAAUUGUACACCCGUUAAAGAUAUUGACGAUAGGACACGUUAUAAAGCUAAUGAUGUUAAAACACGCAUGGAAUCUCCUGAUUCGAUAUCAUAUCUCCAGGAUUUAGUCUUUAAAAUGGCUCGAGUUUUUGAUAAUACAGAUGCAUUGCGCAGUGCUAAAAAAUUGGGAUUAAAAACAGUUCGAGCAAAACUUGGUUUAUUAAAUGCAUCACUUUACGCAACUUAUGGAUUAAAAUUUAAGGCUAUAGAUAAGAAUCUCAAAUAUUACCAUCUGGUUGGGUCAUUUGAUAGCAAAGAUGCUCCUGAGUUACCUUCAUACCAAACAGGAAGGGAAAUUUAUUGGGAAAAUGGGAAAGAUACUCGAUAUGGGUAUAGUAAACUCCCACCCGAUGAAUUAUUGAUGGAAAAUCUUUUGGAAAAUAAGCAGACUAAAGAUAGUUCCAGUUCUAAUGUGAACAAUAUGUCAAUUGCGAAUGAUAUUCAAGACUUAUUUGAUAUUGCUAGUAUUUUUUUGCUCACUCCUCAGCAGAGAAUUCAGAGAGAAUUCUGGACUGAAGGGCCUCAGCCACAUACUUCUGCCUCAUCCGUGCCUAUAACACCCGGUGGGGUCACAGCACUUAUUUCCACAAAUAGUGUUAUCCUUCUUGAUAUGUGCGCAAGUAAAGCGAGCCAUGAAAAUAAAUUAUCUUUUCAUACUAACGCUAUGGAUACAUUAGACCAGCCGACAGAAGCCUACAAAAAAAUCUAUAAUCCCAAAUCUAAUCGCAUGAUCAUUAUAAAUGGGCCAGCGUAUCGUAAAAUAUUAUGUGAUGGUUAUAUGCAUUGGAAAGAAGAAAGGCUUUUAAUCCCGCUUUUACAUGAAUUGCCGAUAUUAAGAAGUUAUCUUUCUUUCAUUUCAUAUCGUGUCUGGAACAUUGUAUCGGAAAGAAGUUUACUAGCAGUGGUUAACGAAAAAAUAAGCCUAUUGCAGAUUUUACUCAAAGCUAAUUGGCACGAUUUUACUUUAUGUCAACUAUUAAAAUUAUGCUGGGAGCGUGAAGAGACGAAAGCUUGGAGGAAUAACGUACUCAUGAUAUUCCUCUAUCACCCGAAUUUUGCUCCUUCAAAGUAUAGGCCAAGUGCUUUAUAUGAUGCAUUCACCAAGACAAAUGUUUUAGGACUGGAACAUAUAUUAGCUCUAGCGCGUGCACUUUACUAA